ACCGGACCAGCGCGCCUGGGCUCCAGUGGAGGCACAGCCUCCGAGCCGCGCAGUGUUCCUCGUCGCCAUGAAGUGCUCGCUCGUUCUCGUAGCUCUAGCCGCCGUGUCCUCCGUGACCGCCCGGCGGCGCGGUGGCGGACGUCCGCAAUCCUCGAGCACCGGCGACGCCCCGGUGGACGUGGGUCCACCAGCCUUCUUGACGCCACUAUUGGAGGCGCGCCAGGUCAGCGAGGCGCAGAACGCGUCGAGGAACGACCCUCUGCUCGGCGACGUCGAGAGCUACUCGGGCUUCCUCACGGUGGACAAGGCCCGCGGUGCGAAUCUCUUCUUCUGGUUCUUCCCCGCCGACAAGGGCAUGGAGGACGCCCCCCUGGUGCUGUGGCUGCAGGGAGGGCCCGGCACCAGCUCACUGUUCGGCUUGUUCAUGGAGAACGGGCCCGUGAGGUUGAAGCGAAGCCGUCGCCUCAAGCACCGCCGCCACUCCUGGACGCGCGCCGCCUCCAUGCUGUACAUCGACAGCCCCGCGGGCACGGGCUUCAGCUUCGCGUCCUCGCCGCAGGGGCUGGCCACCUCGUCGGAGCAGGUGGGCCGCGACCUGCUGGCCGCGCUGCGCCAGUUCUACCAGCUGUUCCCACAGCUGCAAGGCAACGAGUUCUUCAUAGCGGGGGAGUCUUACGCGGGCAAGUACGUGCCGGCGCUCGGCAUGGCGAUCCACGGCGCCAACACCGAGGCCAGCGGCGCCGGCGGCGCCAACGACUCAGUCAAGAUCAACCUCCGAGGCCUGGCCGUUGGCAACCCGCACGCGGAGCCCGAGUCCAUGCUGGAAUACGGCGACUACUUGUACCAGAUCGGGCUGGUGGACGAGGCCGGGCGGCGGCAGCUGGACGAGCGCCGCGACGUGGUCCGGGACCUGCUGCAGCAGCGGCGGUGGAGCGACGCGUGGCUGGAGUGGGACGCGCUGGUGGGGGCCGGGCCCCGGGACUGCGGGGGCGUCAACACCACCCUCUUCCUGGAGCUGACCGGGCUGCGGCACCGCUCCAACUACGUCCGCGCCGGCGACCACCUGCUCACGAGCUACAAGCAGUACGUGCAGACCCCUCAGGUCCGACAGCUCCUGCACGUCGGCAACCUCACCUUCCACAACUGCACGGCCGUGGCGGACCAGCUGAGGGCCGACCAGAUGCAGACGGCUCGGCCCUGGUACGAAACGCUGCUCGAGCACUACGACGUGCUCCUAUACAACGGCCAACUGGACAUCGCCGAACCCUACCCGCUCAUGGUCAACUACAUCAAGCGCCUCCAGUGGUCGGGGGCGGACGCCUACAAGACGGCCGAGCGCAAGAUCUGGACCGUCGACGGCGAGGUGGCGGGCUACGCCAAGACGGCGGGCAGGCUCACCGAGGUGCUCGUGCGCGCGGCCGGCAGCAUGGUGCCUCUGGACCAGCCCAAGUGGGCGCUCGACCUCAUCACCAAGUUUGUCUCGCACCAGCCCAUCGCUUCUGCGGCAUACUGAGAUCAUCCGCCUGCCCGCACCUAACGGCUCAGGAAGUUGGGAGGGCGAGGGAGGGCACGAAUUUGCAAGGUCGCAGUCUGUUUUUAUUUAUUUAUAGCUAGCUACAUUCAUCUGCAUGUCAAUAUCCGAUUCCCGUUCAUCUCAUAUAAUUUUUCCUCAAAUUUGUACCUGUGUGAUAUUAGUUAUUAACGUUGUGUUGUGUGGUUUUACUUUUAUACUUAUUUCUUUUUCGCACGAUAGAGUUUGUGAACUGAUUUAUGUAUGUUUUUAAUUUGACAAUAAAAGAAAAUGCAAAAUA